AUGGUGGAUUUUUCCUAUUCUGGCUUGGUACUGCUCCUGGCAGGAAUAAGUGUUCAGUGCGUGGUACGUAAUUCAUCUCUAGUGCCAUACCCCUUGGAGCAUAAGCUGGAUGACACAGUAGACUGGGUACGCAUUCCAACGCCGGCUGACGAAUGGAUUUGGACCCAUCGACACUCAGUCGGUGCUAUGAUGCAACAGCAUCGAUCAUCCUUACCGGCAAUGAAUAUCGGGUUUCUUUUGUAUACGCGACGUGACACCAGUGACGAAGGCCACCGUUUGGAGCUCCAAAAUGUGGAUUCACUGUUAAGUUCUAACUUUAAUCCUGCUCACCCAACAAGAAUCAUCGUGCAUGGGUGGCAGAAUGACAAAAACUCACCAAUUGCGCAGAGCAUCCGCGAUACGUACCUGCUCCGUUGGGACUAUAACGUGAUCGUGGUGGAUUGGGACUCAUGUUCAAUGCAAUGGAAUUACGUUCGAGCAGUUGGAUGUGUUCCUGUGGUUGGGCAAUCCUUGGGGCAACUGCUCGACGAACUGCAGCAGCAUAUGGGACUGGUUAUGGAAAAUGUGUACAUCAUCGGUCACAGCCUUGGAGCGCACAUUGCCGGCAUUGCCGGUAAGCAGAUACAAAACGGGCAGCUGCACACAAUCAUCGCCCUCGAUCCGGCCCUGCCACUGUUCUCGAUCCGACAGCAGGACCAUCGCAUUGCCCAUCAGGACGCAAUGUACGUGGAGGUGAUACACACUAACGGGGGAAUGCUCGGGUUUCUGCAUCCGAUCGGGACGGCCGACUUUUACGCGAACGGAGGCACUCAUCAGCCCGGCUGUCGGUCGGAUUAUGUGAUCGGCAUAUGCUCACAUGCGCGUGCCUGGGAACUGUUUGUGGAAUCGUUGCUAGAACCGGAGGAAAAGCUGCUAGCCAGCAGAGCCGAUUCGUUGGAUGCGAUACAACAAGACACCGGCCUUCCCGGGCUUAAGAGAAAUCGCGAACUUCGUUCGGUGGAGCGCGUUAAAAUGGGAGGCGAGCCAUCGAGCGCGGGACAAGCCCACGGGCUCUAUUCUAUCACCACGCGCGAUAAAAGUCCAUUUUUCUCCUGGAACUAG